UCGUAAUCAGCCAGCGGUGACCGACGUCACUAUGCUCACCGCCGCGAUAUUCGUUAUCAUUGUCGCUCUUGUUUAUUUGUAUUCAACUAGAACGUUCAGGUACUGGGAGAAAAGGGGCAUCAAACAUGAUAAGCCUGUACCCUUCUUCGGCACCGAUUCAGAGGGAUAUCUACUCAGAAAAAGCAUGACCCAAACUGCUGUGGAUGCAUAUCUUAAAUACCCCAAUGAAAAAGUCAUCGGUUUCUUCAGAUCCUCAAGGCCUGAACUAAUCAUCAGAGACCCGGAUAUUAUAAAACGAAUUCUAACAACAGACUUCGCGUAUUUCUAUCCAAGAGGACUGAAUCCACAUAAAAAAGUAAUUGAGCCGUUGAUGCGUAACCUGUUUUUCGCUGAUGGGGAUCUGUGGCGUCUUCUACGUCAACGUAUGACACCUGCAUUUACCAGCGGGAAAUUGCGUGCCAUGUUUCCUCUGGUUGUGGAAAGAGCUGAAAGACUUCAAUCUCGGACCCUUGAGAUUGCUUCACAACCUCUAGAUGCUAGAGAGCUAAUGGCACGUUACACGACAGAUUUCAUAGGCGCUUGCGGCUUUGGCCUCGAUGCAGACUCACUGAACGACGAAGAUUCAGCAUUCAGAAAGCUUGGAGCGGCCAUUUUCAACAUAACUGUUCAGCAAGCAAUCGUGGCUGCCCUCAAAGAGAUAUUCCCUGAGAUUUUCAAACAUUUUAAGUACUCAUCGAAGUAUGAAACAGAUUUUGUGAGUUUGGUUAGUUCCAUAUUAAAACAAAGAAAUUACAAACCAUCUGGUCGAAACGAUUUUAUUGAUUUACUCCUCGAGUGUAGAAUGAAAGGAGAAAUCGUAGUGGAAUCUAUUGAGAAAAUGAAACCAGAUGGCACUCCUGAGAUCAUUAGAAUGGAGUUAACAGAACAACUACUAGCAGCUCAAGUAUUCAUCUUCUUUGCAGCUGGCUUUGAAACUUCGUCGUCUGCCACUAGCUUCACACUCCAUCAACUUGCGUUCCAUCCUGAGAUCCAAGAGAAAGUGCAAAAAGAACUAGAUCAGGUUCUCGCCAAAUAUAACAACAAGCUGUGCUACGAUGCGAUCAAAGAGAUGAGAUACUUGGAGAGUGCGUUUAAAGAGGCCAUGAGAAUGUUUCCGUCGCUCGGUUUCUUGAUCAGGGAGUGCGCUCGUCAAUACACAUUCCCGGAGUUAAACUUGACUAUAGACGAAGGCGUAGGUAUAAUCAUACCUCUCCAGGCCUUGCACAAUGACCCAGAAUAUUUUGAUAGUCCGAAUGAAUUCCGACCAGAAAGAUUCAUGCCCUCUGAAUAUAAUCAUAACAAAACGAAAUUUGUCUACUUACCUUUUGGCGAUGGACCUCGUGGUUGCAUCGGUGCUCGCCUUGGCUUAAUGCAGUCCUUGGCAGGCUUGGCAGCCGUCCUGUCCAAGUUCACGGUGAAGCCAGCUCCGAACACAAAGCGUCAUCCGGUCGUUGAACCCAAAUCCAGCAUCGUGCAGAGCUUCAAAGAUGGCCUGCCUCUGCUCUUCAUUGAGAGGACAAAGCCCUGAAAAUUCUUAGUUAUCUUAAAAGGGAGAGUGAGAAAAAUUCUUGAAGAUUUCUAGAAAUAUUUUUGCUGGUGUAGGUGAAUAGGGAAAUUCGGCACACCUGGUGUUAAGUGGCUAGGCAUCGCCUAGAAAAACUCAAUAAUGGUAUUUUAAUAUUCUUUAAUUAUGUUAAUUAUGACGAAUUAUUAUUGAUAUAUUGACUAUAUAAUUUAUCAUAGAUCUUUUAUGUUGUAAUUAAUCAUAAACAAAAAUAUAAGGGACACAUUUUGUUGGUUGAAAAAAAAACAUUUGCUACUAUUUGCUACCUUAAGAAUAAACUAAAGCUAAUUAAUAACGAAAACCAACAUUACAGACAUUUUGAUAGAAUUGAUCGACGGCCAUGCAAUUAACAAUGUCAAUGUCUCUUUACAUGUUACCAGUAUUAAUUCAUGAUCUGUACAGUUGAAAUUUAUCAUUAAAAAACCUAAUGAAAA